AUGAACGCAAUCACCCAAGCCAUUCUGAACAAGAGCAAGUUGGAGAUUGAGUUGAUCAAGAUCACCAAUGCCACACACAGCUCGUUCGUGAUGUCCUUGAAAGGCAAAGCGACAAAGAUCGGUGUGGCUACGGCCAUAAUUUCGGAAAUGACUGUGGAUUUAGUAGGGCCACAAGGUGCAUUUGGCCGUUUAAACGUGCCUUCCAUCAAGAUGGGCUCGCUCGGCGCGACCAUCACAAUCGUUGACCAACUGAUCAACAUCAUCGACAUGGGCGCCUUCCAGGCUUUUGUUGCAGCCAUCAUGAAAGAGGAGGAUUUGACUUUGCGACUGGAAAACGGCCACGCCACGGUCAAAGCAAUGGGGAUGAAGUCUAUCAUUGUCUAUCACAAGGUGCUCCAUCUCAAAGGUCUCAAGUCGCUGCAGAGCACCCUGGUUAAGGAGGAGGUGGGUACAGAUGGCGUGAGGAGCAGCACCAUUUCCUUGAUGAACCCGUCUCAGUUUGAAGUCGAUCUGGGCACCGUGGUGUAUGAGGUCCAGGACAAGAAUGGGAAACGAAUUGGGGAGCAAAAAGGAGCAACGUAUGUGCCGCGUGGCGCAUCGAGCCUGGCUUUGUGUGGUGCUGUCACGGGCGAGGUACUCGGUGGCGAGACAAGAUUUGUCGGGGUGGACGUCGAAGAGGAAAACUGGAUAAAGCAGAUUAUGAGAAGUAUUGAAGUAGUGGUGACUGUCUAG